UGUCUUCUUCAACCCCAACACCACUUGUGCUGUGUUAUUGUGCUGUUUUUUCUCUAUCCCUCUCUCGCUAUUCCUCUUUUUCUCCUGAGUUCUUCUUGCUCAUCUUCUUUAUAGCUCUCUUACAUCUCGCUCUCAACAGCCUGGUCAUUGACAUUCGGCUCUCUCUCUCUCUUCCUCACUUCUUCCAUUCCAAUCUUCUUCUUAUUAACCUUGCUUCUGACAAAUCUAUUCCUCAUUUGUCUCUUUGGGUCGUGUCUCCCAUCUUCAGUCGCUUUUUACUUGGUUCCUGACAAACACAAUUCACUGAAAAGAUGUCUAGCAGAAGAUCGCGUUCGAGACAGUCAGGAAAUUCAAGGAUCACCGAUGAUCAAAUCAACGACCUUGUAUCCAAGUUGCAACAACUUCUUCCAGAGAUUCGUGACAGGCGCUCGGACAAGGUAUCAGCUGCUAAGGUCCUACAAGAGACAUGCAACUACAUUAGGAGCUUACACAGAGAGGUGGACGAUUUGAGCGAGCGACUAUCAGAGCUAUUGGCCACAACUGACACCAACAGUGCACAAGCAGCUAUCAUUAGGAGUUUACUUAUGUAACAGAUAAUACCCUCUCUCUCUCUCUUUCUCUAUAUAUCUACCUAUUUCUCUUCUUCUCUUUUCCUCUUCUAGGGUUUGGUCAAGUAGAUUAGAAUUGAACUUCAAUGCAUCCCUGAGAAGCUAGAUGUAGUAAUUUCAAGUCAAUAAAAUAAAAAAAGGACUUGC